CGCCGCUCGCCGUCUCAAUCGCGUACACGUCCCGCUGCGGUCGAGGGAUCCUCAUUUUGACAAGAGGGCACGGUGAAAAAAAAAGUGAGAAAUAAAAUACGUACUUUUGUCAGUUAAACGAGAGAUCAGACGAGUAGUCAAGUCGACUAAUUUGUCGGGCGCGACAAAUCAAUGAGCACAUUUAAUAUGACAUGUUUCAUGUACUUUAUAUUCAUUCAUGUGGAGUGAAGAGAAAAUGAGCUGCACAUUACACAUGUGACAAAAAUGUCACGAAGACGGUCACAUGCACGGUCGAUAGCCAAUCGGUGUACGUUUGACGACAAGUGAACGCUGGACUCCGAAGAAUGUUGUUGAGUCAGUUGUGAGCCGAGGCAGGAUACGCAAGUCGAUGGGAAUUUUUGGCAACAUCAGCGAGAGGAUUCACGUCACGAAAUGAUCUUCCUGACAGCGCCGAUGCGCUUCCGAUAGGAAAUCCCAAUUGCCGAGCACAUGGGGUCACGUCGACCCCCCCAAGAACUAUUCCAGUCUUCGAUCUGAUACACACGCACAUAUAUUUAACUGAGGUGAAUUUUAUCUCACGAACUCGCGAUGAUGUCCAGCGACGGGUGGAAGCUGAAUCGCGUUCUGGGUAGCGGAGGCUUCGGAACCGUCGAGCUUUGGGCGCACGUUCAAAGUGGCAAAAAGAUUGCAAUCAAAAAAUGUAAGUGUAAUUAUUUGCAAUUGACGCCGACGCAACGAAAGAGAUGGGCCAACGAAGUCGAGAUAAUGAAGCGCUUGAAGCAUCCAAAUAUUGUGAGAACAGGAAACAUUCCAUUUAAACUUCCAAAUGUAGAUGAGAACCAGCCGAUUCUCUGUAUGGAAUACUGUAGGAAGGGAGAUUUGAGAAAAAUUUUAAACCAGCCGAAAAAUUGUUGUGGAAUUAGCGAAACGGAGGCGAUCAAAGUAAUGAGCGAGAUUUCGUCGGCCGUGGAAUAUUUACAUUCGCAUAGCAUAACUCAUCGGGAUUUAAAGCCCGAGAACAUAGUUUUACAGGAUGAACAGAAUGUGAUUUCGUAUAAGUUAAUAGAUCUCGGAUAUGCCAAAGAGCUUGGGGAUGCGAGUACGACUGCCUCAUUAGUCGGCACACUAAAUUACGUUGCUCCUGAACUUCUCUGGAGGGAAAAAUACAGUUGUUCUGUCGACUACUGGAGCUUAGGGAUAUUAUUUUAUGAACUUGUAACUGGAACAAGACCAUUUUUACCGACAAUGCAACAUACUAUAGAAUGGAUGAACCACAUUAAAAAUAAGAGUUACAACGUUAUUCAUGCUUACGAGUCGGAAGGAGAAGUCAUUUUUGGGAAAGAUAUUCAAGAUCCAACUUGUUUAUCGGAUUGCCUUCGAAGCAAAAUGGUCCAGUGGUUCCGGUUGGUCCUACAAUGGGAUCCACAUAAAAGGGGUAAAAGGCUCGACAAAUUUUAUAAACCCCAAUUAGCGGUAUUUACAAUGUUACGACACGCAUUAUCAAACAAAAUACUAUAUGUUUUCUGUUUGCCGUUUUACAAAAUUAACACGUACGAAAUUGAUAGUAAUACUAGUCUCGGAGAUCUUCAGUUGUUAAUAGAAAGGGAUACUAAUAUUAAAGUCAAGCAUCAAGUGAUAACCGAUUACAGAGGUGCAAUACUAAUUGAAAGUGCCGCGCCACUUGCGUCGCAGAUUAAUGAUCACGUUUUAUUUCUCUUCAGAAAUGGAUGUUGUUUGGUAGAGGAUGUGCCUGCAUUAAAUAUUCCUACAGCAGUGGAGAAAAUGAUGACACAAUCGAAAAAUGAAUUAAGCCAUGAAGUACUGAAAGAUUAUUACCGUCAUGCAAUGUAUUUUACGAAAAAGGAAGUUUAUUUGUUUCAGUUGUAUAUUUUUGCGCUCAGCAUAAGCGUAGAUUUGUUACAUCAAAAAGUCGUAACGUUUAAUACAAACAUGGAGAAGACAUUGGAAAACACAAAGAUUCUUACAGAUCAGGUACAAACGAUUCGUAUAAAAUGUACGAAUACGGAUGAAUGUAUGAAGAAGACGGACGAAGAUGCGAUUGAUAAAACAAAAAUACAAAUUUAUCUUGACAAAGUUGAUAAAUUAAUCAGCGCAGCUGAUCAAAUAAAGAUGAAGUUUAUGUCUCUGAAGGAAGACAAUAAUAGAUUGAGACAUCAGGCUCAAGCUAUCGAUUGUACAGCAAAUCUGUCAGUAUUAUACGACAAUAUGUGCGACAUAUAUCUAAAAUUCAAGGAAGAGAGUCCAUAUAAAACAGCAAAGCCAUUGGACAUGUCGAAAUUAAUGUUUACACUUAUGACUGAGCGUGAAGCGCAACUUCAUAAUAAGAACAUAAUUGAUAUUACAAGGCAGAUAGAUAAAUUGUACGACGAGCUGUCAAAACUGGAAAAAGUAUUUAUUUCUGUUACCGCCAUGACGGAAUUGUAUUGGGAAGAAUAUCAAAAAAUCGCACGGUCGGACAGUAGCAGUGUUCCUCAGCGAUCCAACAACUACCAAUUGUUAAAUAUCUCGACCACUAAAUUAGGCAGCGUUAUUCAAUCGGAAGAUAAUGUGAUAUAUGACAAUUUGAUGAUGCGUUACAUGUUGGACAAUUUGAUGGUUCAAAUGCAGAAGAAGUAUCUCGAAGUGGUUAAAUUGGAUCCGUGAUUAGAUUAUCGCUUACGUAUACCAAUCUAUACGAUACAUGUGUAUGUCAUCGAACAAGUUUAGCAUGCUAAGCAUUUCAAUUCCCAUAUUUCAGUACAUUCGAUUCUUGAAUCUUGUUUGCUUUAAUUUACGCGGGACAUAAUGCCGUACACCCCACUUAAUGUUGGCAUGUUUGUCAGUCUUGACGAACGUGUAGACAGGCCUGUUCGACAGUUGCUCGAAUUUCACUGCUUGAUGUUUAUUAUUCUGACCUGUUUCGACACAUUUAUUAAAGUAUUUUUAUAAUUCUGACUUUUAAAAAGAAACUUAUAAAAAAAAACAAUUGAUUUUAUAAACAUCUUACGCACGUGCAAUACGUCCACUACAUAUACAUAUAUAUUAGAUGUAUAAAAAUUAAUUUUUAUGAAUGACACAUUUAGACU